AUGUUGGCGAUUACGAUAAUCUUAUUUAUACUGCAGUUUUUCACUAGUGUCCUCUGCAGAGGAUUUGAGGGCAAGUUUGUUGGAGUUCCUCAGGAUGCCAUUGAGGCGCAGUCGGGAAACAUUGGUUCUCCUAUAGUAAAUGGGUUAAACUAUCAGGCUCGAACAAGUGUUAAAAUAAUCGAUCUUGACGCCUCAAAUGAGUUGAAAAUACGAAAGUAUCCAGUUGCUGAAGACUUUACCUUCAAAGUUGAAGAUUUAUCUGAAGGAGCGUACGAACUCUUGGUCAGUUCCUAUGAUUUCAAUCUUCGCAAUACUCGGUUCAGAGUCAUUGUUGAUGAAGAUCAGAUCCAUGUAUAUGACGAUUAUUUGGCUAGCGAAGGGCUUAAUACGACAUCUGCACGUACCGUCAGCGACAAAGAGCCUCUUAUUUUGAAUGUCGUUGACUACAAGCAGUACUAUGAAAGUGCUCAAGGAAAGUUGAGUACAAUGGUAAUGGAGAGUCCCUUUGGCGUGAUUUUCAAAAACAAAAUGUACACUGCAUUUUUUGCGGUGGCAUUGUUCACUUUAAUCGUUCCGACGAUUCUUAGCUACGUUGCUCCAGACAUGGUUGACAGAAUCAAUGAGAUGAAAAAUGAAGGAUACGAGAUGACAGCUCAUAGAGAAGAGGCGGAAAGGUUGGAGGCAAAUACGGCACAAGCACAAAUUGCUAGCAAUGUGGCGACCUCCAAGACUACGGGCAGAGCCUCUCAGCAGGGCCGGAAGAGAAAAUGA